AUGGCACCAUCAGUUGCUCAAACAGCACGCAUUUUCGAGGAUAGUGAUGCAGACAGCAAUCCGCUACCAAAGAAGUCAUUUCCAAGUCCUCGCAAGAAUAAUGCCGGACCCAGCCCUUUGGGUGAACGGCACAUAAACAGCCCGCCACAGGCUGUGAAAGUACCUUUGAAGGACGAACCUCAGUCGCGACCACGAAUGCAUAAGAAGACUGGAAGUGCCACAUCCUUCAAGGGUUUCCUGCUAGGAAGAGAAAAGAGCAACGACGGCACAGUGAAGAGUAAGGACGAGAGCUCGAAGGAGAACAGACCUAAGAAGUCGAAGUCGGCCACGAACCUCGCGAGCUUGCUUAAGAAGAGGUCGAAGAAGGAUCUAAAGAGUGAAUGCAAACCUGAAGAAGUUCAAUUACCGCCCUCACCAAGCAAAGCAUACACUCCAAUAUGGGCGCAAUUCGCUACCCAGCCGCUGGAGACACACGACGGGUCAAAACAAUAUCCAAAUGCGCUUUCACCAAGAUCUCUUGCAAUCGGCACGCCUUCACUUACACCUCAAUCAUACUCCGAUCAGCAUUCAGCUAGUCCAGGACAGGUUCAAAGCUAUUUUGAAAUCGGACCUGAGCUGCGUAGGCCCCAAAGACCAUAUCUCGAAAAGCGAGGUAGUCGAAGCUCGAUCUUUACCGAAGAACUGAACGACGAAUCUACCUCUACCCGCCCUCCGAGCAUGGACCUUAGUCAGGGUCGUCCUGAAUGCUCACGUCAACAAUCUGCAGAUUCCAAUGCUAGCUCGAAAGCGAUACCUGUAGAGCAAAAGGCAGAGACGCCAGUAAAGAGCAAGUCCAAAAUGUUUGACACCUUGGCUGCAUUUAACAUCAAGUCGCCCCGAGGUCGAGAGCCAGCCAAGGAAGUUCGGGCCGAAAACAAACUCGAUACACACGACCUAGACUCUGCCUUGGAGAACGUGCUGGGGCGAUAUGAUAUUCCUCAAAAUCUAAGGGACAAUCUGCGUAAUUUGAAACCUGAGGUCAAAGCUGGCCUCGUCAAAGGUGAGCGGAUUGGCAGCGGCUCCUCGAUUGAUGAGACACAUCUGUCUUCACGAAGCAAUGAAAAGGAACGCCCAUCUAGUAAAGAUAAAGAGAACGAGGACGGCAGGCCAAGGUCGAGAUCGAGGCCACGAAGCCGUGUGUUCUCGAUUUCCAAAAGGAAUAAAGACACAACGGCAGCAAAAGCGGAUGAGUCGACUCGAUCUCGAAGCAAGGGCAGGCCUAAAUCAGCGGAAUCGAGUGCAAGACCACUAUCAGCCAUUUCAAACUUGUCCACGACAUCUUUGACCUCGAUCUCGGCCAACGAUGGUACCUCCACCCCAGGCGACUUCAUCCACUACCUACGCGAAGUGCAGAAGCCAGAGCUUGUGGAAGUGGGCAAGAUUCACAAGCUUCGCAUCUUGCUAAGAAACAAAUCGGUUCAAUGGACCGAUGUGUUCGUCAACAAGGGUGGUCUGGAUGAGAUUGCUCAGUUGUUGCACAGGAUCAUGGCUAUUGAGUGGAGAGAAGAGCAUGAGGACAAUCUCUUACACGAAACACUUCUUUGCAUUAAGGCUCUUGCUACAACCAAUCUCGCCAUGCAGCGACUGGAAAGCAUGGAGCAAGAUCUGUUUCCAGCCUUGGUGAAGAUGUUGUUCGAUCCCGAACGCAAAGGCCCUGCCGAGUUUAGCACAAGAGCAUUAGUGAUCUCGAUGCUGUUUGCUUAUCUGUCGGCGACAUUGCACAUGGACAGUACACAGCACGAGAAGCGAGCCAGAGCUGUGUUGAAGCUUAUUCGGGAUCCUGACCAAGAAACUGCUAGAGCACCUCACCCUGCAGCACCAUAUGUUGGAGGCGUCGAAUGGGAGGCCACUCAAUACCUUGCAACACACCUCGAUCUACUGAACGGAUUGAUCGUGUCAAUGCCAACGCAUCAAGAACGCAACCAGCUACGUGAAGAGCUGAAGCAGUCUGGGUUCGAGAAGGUCAUGGGCGUGAGUCUGCGUACCUGUAAAGAAAAUUUUUAUGGCAGUGUACAUGACGGACUGCGUUUCUGGGUGGCAGCUGCCACAGCAGAUGGAUGGUCCAGAGAAGAUGUGCGGGCUGGACCACCACGGGAGGCAAGCAGUCCUAGGAAGAGUCCGGUCAAGAAGAAACAGGAAGAAGCACCGCAAUUGAAGCUAGAUGUUGGACUGAAUGCACCUCGUAAGGCCGAUGAUGGUUGGCUGUAG